ACGUUCGUUGUUACAAAAAUUGAUUAUAAUUUAAUUCUUAGUUUUAAUUUUUCACAUUAAAUUUUAAAUAACAAAUGGCUACUGCGAGACAAAUUUUACAACAAGAAAUAUUUGAUCAAUGUGAUCAAAAGCUUUUAGCAUUUGUUGGUGUAAGUAAUGAUUCGAAGAAAAAGAAAUUUGGAUAUUUGUGUUUAUCAGACACUAAGGAACCACCUUCAAAUAUUUAUAUUCACCAGAUUAGGUUUGACAAUAAAGUUGUAAAAAAAAAAAGAAUAUGGUCAUUAAAUGAAUUGAUUACUGUUGAUGGAAAAACAUCGUCUCAGGAUUGUUUAGAUAUAGAAUUGAUAUUGGAUAAACCAUAUAAAUGGGUGGCUAAUAAUAAUCAAGAACGUAAAAUAUUUUUGAUAUCAUUAUGGAAGCAAUGUGCUAGUUAUGUAUUUGAUAAAAAGCCCGAAUUCAAAAAUUUACCACUUGACUGGACAUCUGGUGAUUUAGUUGUUCUACCUGCUGAUCGAAAAUCAAAACUUUCCUUAGCUGUAUCACCUAUUAUUAGUGCUGAAGAUUUUCAACCUUUAUCAGAGAAAGAAGAACGAGACUUAGAAUUAUUAAUGAAAGAAUGCGGAUUUGCUGCAAAAGAUGCCAAAGCGUUUACAGAUAUGUUAGCAUCACAAUUAAUGGCUUUAGAUGGUGAGAAUGUGCAAAGCGUUCUUGCCUCGGAGCCUCAAGUUACAAAAUUGAUGGAUCAGUUAGAAACAGCUAUUCAAGAAAUUGAAAAAGUUGAAUCAGCAUUAGAUUUGUAUGAUGAAACUUUAAGACAUGUGCGAGAUACUAUUGAUAAAAUGGAUCAAAAAAAUGCUAAUAUUCAAACAGCAAAUUCUAAUAAUGAAAAAUUACUUAAUGAACUACAAAAAGUAAUUCAUCAAUUAGAACUCUCACCAAAACAUCAAUUGGCCUUAACUGAUGCUGACUUAACUACACAAUCUGGAUUACGAGAUGCUAUUACAGCUGCAAAAGAAUUACAAGCUGUAAUGAAUGCACAAAUUCAUCCAGCUCUUGUGCGAUUGAAAGCUAUACAAGAACAAAGAAGAAGAUUUGAGAAAUGGAAAGCAAAAUUCUCUCAAAUUCUAUCUAGACAUCUUAAUAAUUUGUUUAUUCAUAUGGGAAAUGAUAUUGGGGAAUCCAAAAAGAAUUCUAAUAAUGAAUUGACAAUUAUGAAACACACUACACUACAUCGCGAACUUGCAGCUUAUACAGAACUAAUGCAUUGGUGUAAAGCAAUGGAUAGAAAAGCUUUUAUUGCACUUAAUAAAGUUUAUACAUCAUCUUUAUCUAAACUCUAUGAAAGAGAUAUAAAAUUAUUUUUAGAAGAUGCAAAGUUGCGUGUAAAUGCUGGCCAUUUAUCCAGUUCAAAAGAAGAUAUUAGAAGGUCAACUGGUCCACCAUCUGAUUGGUUAUUAGGUGUAGACAGAGAAUUUUGGGCACAGGAAAGUGAUGCUCAAGAGCGACAAAGGUUUGACCAAGUAUUAGAGGCAGUUCUUUCAGAGCUUGAACCGAUUUGUUUGUCAGAACAAAAUUUUUGUGUGUCAUUUUUCCAAUUGGAUGUACUCAGUCCUUCAACUAAAAAUACUCAAACAACUUUAGAUGGAUCAGAUGUAAAAUCAACUCAAGAACCAUUACCAUCUUUACCAAAAACAAAAAUUGAAAAAAAAAUAAACGAAGAAGUUAAAAAAAUAAUGGGUGAAAUUUUUGCAUGUAUUGAACCAGAAUUAAUUGCAUUUAUACAAUAUCACGAGAGAAUGGAUAGCACUUAUUCGAUGGCAGUUUUGGUAAGAUUGGGUCGCCAUGUUAUGUCUGCUAAUGACACUGGUUCAUUUUUAAGUAUGACUUAUGGGUCUGCAUUAGUUCAUGUUAAAAGAAAUUAUGAUAAAUUAAUGCAUGCUCAUUUAAAAUCGAUUCAAGAUGUAAAAGUUGCUAAAAAAACUAAAUGUGGCAUAUUGCCUUUUGUAGCUAACUUUGAGUAUUUUGCUAAAACAGCUGAACAAAUAUUUAGAGAGACUGAACGUCGAACUGAUUUAGAUAAAUGGUAUAUAAAACUUAUAACUGCGAUGUUUGAGACUAUUCAUUCAGUAGCUAAUGAACACCCUAAAACUCCUGCUGAAGUGAUUAGAAUGGAAAACUUUCAUCAUUUGUACGCAUUGCUGUCUCAGUUAAAAAUCUCCAUAUUAGAUCAAUUCAGAAAAGAUGCAAAACAAAAGUAUAGUGAAGCCUUAAGUGCUUAUGUAACUCGUUAUUUUGGUAGACCUCUUGAAAAACUUAAUUUAUUUUUUGAAGGAGUGGAAGCUAAGGUAGCUCAAGGUAUUAAAGAAUCUGAAGUUGGAUAUCAAGUAGCUUUCAGUAAACAAGAACUUAGGAAAGUAACUAAAGAGUAUCAUGGGCGAGAAGUGAAAAAAGGA